AUACUAUAUAGGCUGUGCUGUAACGGAAAAGAUUAUUCAUUAUCAAAACAAGCGAGAGAACUUUAGACGUGUCUUAUUGUGAAAUUAUAUUGAAAAAUCGAAAGAUUAUUACAAAUAACGUAUGGCUUCUGAAAAACUAAACAGAAAACAUGAAGAAGAACAAUGUUCUACAGAUUUUGCAUUGAAUAAAAAAAACGCUACUCCUAAACGAAAACAAUACUCCCAUGUAUUGCAGUACAGAGAAUAUGACUUGUGUCAGGGAGAAACCUUCAUAAGACAAAGUAGAGUCAUUUCAACUAUAACUCAUGCAUUUCUGUGUCCUCAUGAUAGACGUAAUUCUGCAGAAGUAACUGACUUCUGUGACGAUUUUUGUCAUAAUGAAGCAAUACAAACAUACUGUAAAGGGCAAGAUUUUCUUGGCAGCGAAGAGUCAAGAGUGGAAGAAGAAACUUUCUCUCGUCAAAUGACAACCCGGAAAGCGAAACCCGGACCUAAUUAUCAACAAACCUUAACAACUUCAAGAGGAAUACAAAAAACUGGUCACCUUCUUUGUGCAACUAAAGUUCUGUCCUAUUUGCCUUUUGUUCCUAUCAUUUCUUUAACUGAUAAUUUGCUAAAGUCUCCCGUAAACCAUGAGGAUUGUAAAACUGAAUAUGGAAAAAUUAAAGAGGAGACUCAGAAAUUUUCUAAAGAUGCCAUUAGAUAUGUCUUAACUACCAAACUGUGUAAAAAUGAUAAACUUAUACAAGAGUACAGUCCUUUAAACGAUCCUCUUGCUAGGUCAGUAAGGAAGCUAGUUACACAAAUGAUAACGAUGUACAGAACUUCUUACGAGAUCUCUGUACAAAAACUGGAUAUAUCGGCCAAUAACAUCUUUGAGGCUUUCAAGGCUGUUACUGACAAUUUAUUUGAAGGCAACAACGACCUGAUAACUUGGAGCCGAUUGAUAGCCCUUCUGUCCUUUGGCGCUCAAAUGACCUUACAUUUAUAUGAAAACGGAAUGGAAGAGUUUGCUUCAGAUACUGUGAAUUUUGUAGGUACCCACCUUGGUGAAAGAGUCACACCGUGGAUUCAGAAGCAAGGGGGUUGGAUAAAUCUCUACAAAUCCUUUCCUCAAGACAACCAUGUGGAUAGUACAGCCAUGAAAACUUUCAGCACAACAGUUGGGAUCCUGGCCACAGCUGCAGCCAUUUUGUACACUUUUUUGUCUUAAAUCGAUACGAGUGUAGCACCUUCUCUCACUUAGUGUCGCUGUCAAAUUUAUCUUCUUCGAAGUUAGGCAAAUCUUUCAAAGCAAAAUGUUCUCAUUUUAUUAGCUGGAAAAAAGUAAUUUACAUAUUUAUUCUUCCACCAGUUAAAAUUAAAAUUUUCGUUAUGUUCGUAAAGUUCAAUUUAUACUUGAACAUGUCACUUGGACCAAUAGAUCUUCUGUAUGUCACGAAGCAGUUACCUGACGUUCUCAUUUUGCUGUUCGAAUAAUUAAAACUAGGCACACUCUAAUUUCAAAUUGAGUGAAACAAAAUGUUUAAAAACCUAAAUUUAUACAUUUCAAUGACAUUUGUCUACUUCGUCAGCGACUUGCAUAGAGUGGUGGCUCCAGAACUUAAAGAACAGACAUUAGUAUGAAAUUAUGUGUCAGUUUUGUUCGUCAUUCAAAUUAAUAAUUAACUUCUAAAACAUUUUCAAAUAUAAUGUCUUAUUUCUCUCUCUUAACGUUAUCUGAAAGACUUAUUAUCUCUUUCUCUCUUUGAACCCAGUGGCUCAGUAUAAAGUCUAAUGGCUAAUAACGCUGAAAGCCAUAAAGUCGUGUUAGAACAAUAGAUGUAGUCUUCAUACUUCGAGUUAUUUAUGUCUUUAAGAACAUAACCUAAACUCCUAAUAUUUAAAAUAUCCUUGGAAUGUACAUCUGGUAAGUGUUCAAACGCAAAACCGAACAUCUAAUCUAAUUGUGCAAUGUACAUCUGAUAACUGCCUUUGUAUGAAAACAUAAUUUUAGCACCUAAAACCUAAUAUAAUAUUGAAAUAUACGUUUAACCAAAUGCCUAACUCAAACAACUAACAUUUAACAUUGACACAAAUACCCUGAAUAUAAAACACGUGAACGAGAUUUAGCUUCGAACAAUAUUAAACAUAAUAUUUGUACUACGCUGUUUUAACACAACACAUUUUAGCAGAAAAUUUGAUGUGCACUAUUACUUACAGAUAGAUGCAAGCUAAGUUAAAAGUGUUCUACAGAUACUUCUUAGGUUGAAAACAGAGAUAAUACGUUUAUUUAAAAUAGGAAAAGCUGAAAUUAUCAGCUGAUUAGAGGGGUCUUUGAGAGAAAAGUACAUCUAAGCUAAAACCUAACGUAUGCAUCUCUACUGUCUGACUUGCGUGGGGUUUUAGUUAUUUCUCGUGAAGGUUAUAUGAGUAAAACAACACGAAACAUGUUUGAAAACUGCCAUUAUUAUAAUCUUCACACCACCACUUUCAAUUGGUUCUAGUGAAAAGCUGGAUAAAAAAAGGUAUCAGUAUUGAUGAAUUUAUACUGAAUUCUUUUUUUUUUUGGUUGAACUUAUUUUGAGCCACACAUUUCUAGAUAUAAGCUAUUUUGAUACCAACAUUUUUUCAAUUAAUUUUUAUUAUGGAAGAAAGGAGCGAUUCUAUUUUCUCUUAAGCUAGAGAAAAAUUUGAAAUUCUGCUUCGUUUUUUUUCUCAUUUAUUUAUAUUGUAGAAAUUUGAAAUUGUGCUUCUUUUUUUCUGAUUUUUAUUACAAAAAUAUAUAGUUAUUUUUGCUUUUUUAUCUCAUAUACUUUUAAUUUAACAAUUUUCAGUUCUGCUUUUAAUUUUUCUAUUUAUUUUAUUGUCAAAUCUGAAGUUACUGUUUUAUUUUUAUUGCGAAAAUUUGAGGUUUUUAACAAAUUACAAUAUAUUUUUGCUUUAUGGAUGAAAUUAUUAGUGCAAACUUUGCAUUAAUUGUGGUUCCAGAUCCAAUGAAAAUAUCUGAGAUUUUGUCUAUUUAGUAAAAAGAUAUAGCAAGGAAAAACACUAAUGUAACUUUUCUUUCGGAAUAUUUUGUAUUAAUAAUUAAAAUGAAGAUCAUAGUCUAGUUUCAAACAUCGAUAAUUCUUUCAUGUAAACCACGGUGUAACUUGGAAAUAAAGCUUAGAUUCAAACAUAGGUAAUUCUUUCAUGUAAACCACGGUGUAACUUGGAAAUAAAGCUUAAUUUCAUACAUAGAUAAUUCUUUCAUGUAAACCACGGUGUAACUUGGAAAUAAAGCUUAGUUUCAAACAUAGGUAAUUCUUUCAUGUAAACCACGGUGUAACUUGGAAAUAAAGCUUAGUUUCAAACAUAGGUAAUUCUUUCAUGUAAACCAUGGUGUAAGUUGGAAAUAAAGCUUAGUUUCAAACAUAGAUAAUUCUUUCCUGUAAACCACGGUGUAACUUGGAAAUAAAGCUCUUCGUGAAUCCAUAAAA